AUGCGUUGCACGAACACUUGGGCUAAUUUCUCGGGUGAGAAGCGCUCUCUUACAGGUAGAAAGUGUGCUGACUUGGGUUCAUAUGUAGAGUUCCUUGACAGGGUUCGGAUCAUACACAGAGAUGUUAAAGCCAGUAAUAUUCUGCUUGACUCUAAUCUCGUCCCCAAGAUAUCAGACUUUGGUUUGGCCAAGCUAUUUGCUAUUGAAAAGGCCCAUAUAAACGCUCAGGUUUCUGGAACAGUAGGGUAUCUUGCACCGGAAUAUGCCAUGCGUGGGCAACUCAAUGAGAAAACUGAUAUAUUCGCCUUCGGUGUUCUAACUGUGGUGAUUGUCAGUGGGAGACCAAAUUCUGAUAUGAGCUUGGAUGAAAAGAUUUUUCUUCUUGGUUGGGUUUGGAACUUAAAUAAAGAAGGACGAGAACUUGAAGUGGUGGAUUCAGCAAUAACAUUAUCUGGAUUGAAUGAGGAACAAAUAAGAAGAGUGAUAAGAAUAGCCUUGCUGUGCCCUCAAACAUCACCUUCACUGAGACCAACAAUGUCGUGUGGUGGCAAUGCUUUUAGGAGAUGUUCAAGUGACCAAUGA